UCAGUUGUUGACGUUUAUUUAUUUGUUAUCGUUAAGGCUAGUAUGCAGUUUGUUUAUUAUUUAAAUUAAAGCAUUAUUAAUUUAGUGUUUAUUGUUGAUCGUAGUAUAACUGUGGUAUAACUUUGCUAUGUCAAGUUUGAAGUAUUUAUCACGCAGAGCUACAUAAGAAAUUCAAAGAGUUCAUCCACAACACAUCGAAAAUACACAAAGUCCUGUGGAAAGCUUUCUAUAGUGUUCAAUACUGUAAUGCGGACAAGAAAAGGUCCUAAGUUUGUAAAAACCCAAAGGAAUAUGGCUGCAGAGCAAAUUAUGCAGUGUCCACUAUGUUUGGAAACUAUGUCACCGCCCAUAAUCCAGUGCAAAGUCGGCCAUAGCAUGUGUGGUUCGUGCAUUAAAGAGAGUGGUAUCAAAAUGUGUCCAACCUGUCGGGAGAAGCUAACUACUACAAGAAAUUAUCAACUGGAACAAUUGAUAGAAGGAAUAAAAGAUGUUCUUAAAUUCGAUUGUGCUUAUCAGCAUAAAGGUUGCAAGUUCGCAGUCAACAAGCAAGAUAAAGAAAAUCACGAAAGAGAGUGUAAAUUUAGGAAGUUUACCUGCGAGGGAAAGAGAUUUGCAAAGUGGUCAUGCAAUUGGUCCGGUGAUUAUUCAGAAAUUUAUCAACAUUUUAAGAGAGAUCAUAAAGAUAAUACCAGACUUGAGUUUAAAACUGAUGCAGUGAUGAAAGUUAGCCUAAAAACCAGCUUCAAUAAUGUCUAUCUAAUAUCUUUAUUCAGUGGACAAAGUUAUUUAUACUGCAAGCACCGAGUUGACACAUCGAAUAAAAAGAUAUACUUCCAUUUUCAAUUCAUAGGACUAAAGAGUCAAGCACAACACUAUUACUACGAAUUUGAAGUUUACAAAGGCACUAGAAAGUUUAAAAUUACUGAAAUAUGCACAAGCGACACAUCAAACAUUGAUAUAACGUUUGCUGAAGAAAAAUGCUUCGUAAUGUCUUUUAUUGCUGUAAAAAAUUAUUUGAACGAAGAGGGAGAGCUCCCCUUUAAAUUUAGGGUUAUGUCCACUAAGAAAACGUCUGUGUAAUUUUCAGUUUUUCUUGUGACGUAUGUGCCAUUUUAGAAUUCGUAAACAUAUUCUUUUCGCACUGUUAUAAAAUGAUUGAGGUCCUAAAGGAACGAGAAAAGACACGAAAGAACUGAUUAUUUGUUAGAAAUUAUUAAAAUUUAUUUAGUUGCUUAAUUUUUGUAAUAUUGUAUGUUUGAUUAAGGUAUUUUAUGUACUCAUAGCUAUAUAAUAUAAUUAAGAAUCUGCAUUGUUAAGUCCAGCUAUAAAAGUGUAUAUUUUUUAUGAGAAAGACAAACUUAAUACUGA